AUGCAGGCUGCUGUUUUGCAGUGUCUUUUGUUCCUUCUUUGGAAUGUGACAGCCGCGAAGUGUGCCCUCGGCUCCGCCGUCAUUGUGGCACCGUUUUGGGCGAUGAUCAUCAAACCGUUGCUGCAGCGACUUUGUGUCCCGGCGAAAUGGAGGCAGCAACAGCAACAGCAGCAGCAACAGCAUGCGACGCCACCACCACCGCCAACAGUCGCAAGUCAGAAAUCCGGAGCUGCGGGGCAGAGAUCGUCAGCGUCGCGGAAAUCCUCAUCGCCACGGCGCGGUGGGAAGGCUUCGGGUGCUGGAAAAAAACAGGCAUCCAGGGAAGAGCCACGUGAAAAGGACCCAUCUUCUUUUGAGGCUGUUGCUGCAACUGCUGCGGCGGUCUUGCAACCGAGCACGUCUCAUACGGCGUCCAUCACGAACGAGGCGCUUGUUUCGCUUUUUCGGUCGCCAGAGUUUACCAGCUGGUACAGUGGCCACCGUGACAUUCUCCUGGAGCGGGUGCAUGUACGGUGUGCGCAGCGGCUGUGGGAGUCACUUGCCGUCAUGGUGGCGUUGUUAAUGGGGAUGUUUCUUCUUCCCUUCUUCGUCCUCAACGACGGGGGCGCAACGUUGUGGGCCCUGCUGCAACGUCGCAGUGACAGCAAAGGAUAUGUAACGAUAAACAAUGGGUUGUGGAACCUGCUUUUCACGACAGUUUCUGUGCAUGGGGAGCCGUUGUUGAUACUUGUGGCCGCUCUAACGCUCUUAACGACGGCCUUUAUGCCGGUGGACGCGAAACAAACUGCGUCCACAGCGCUUGUUGCGUUUCUCGUGUUACUGGUAGAGGCUGCCAUGGUGGAGCAUAUGGCGUUGGGUGCCGGGCUAUUGAUGUUAUUAGGAGUUGUGGCAUGGCGCGUUUCAUGCACUAUGGUCUGA